GCCGUCCCCCCCGCCUCUUUCACACGCUAUGUCUUCCACCCCCGCAUGGGCCUCGCUCCAGCAGCACCGAGAUCUGCUCGGCAUCCCCUCUCUCUCCCAGCUCUUCCUCGACGACCCCCAUCGCUUCGACAAGUUUCACCUCCAACUUGAGAACCUCUUUCUCGACUACUCCAAAAACUGGAUCACCUCCGACACCCUCCGCCUUCUCGCGGACCUCCUCAAUCAGGCAGACGUCCCGACUCAGCUGGAAAACAUGUUUCGCGGCGAACACAUCAACUCCACUGAAAACCGUGCCGUUCUCCACGUAGCGCUCCGCAACCUGUCAAAAACGCCCAUCCUCGUCGACGGCUCCGACGUCAUGCCUCAGGUCUUCGACGUCCUGGCUAGAAUGAAAUCCUUCUCCUCCUCCGUCCGCGACGGCUCCUGGACCGGCUACACCGGCCAGUCCAUCACCGACAUCGUGAACAUCGGUAUCGGGGGAAGCGACCUGGGCCCCUCCAUGGUCUGUCUAGCCCUCAGGUCCUUCGGCCAUCCCCGACUCUCCAUGCACUUUGUGUCCAACAUAGACGGCCACCACAUCGACAGUGUCCUCCAAAAAAUAGACCCCGCUCGUUCUCUCUUCAUCGUCGCGAGCAAGACUUUCACUACCCAAGAAACUCUGACCAACGCUCAAACCGCCAAAAACUGGCUCCUCUCUCACACCAAUGACCCCUCCGCCGUCUCCAAACACUUCGUAGCCCUCUCCACCAACACCGAGGCCGUGUCCUCCUUCGGCAUACUCACCGAAAACAUGUUCCCAUUCUGGGACUGGGUCGGCGGACGAUACAGCCUCUGGAGCGCCAUCGGACUCUCUAUCAUGCUCUACAUCGGCUCAGACUCGUUCGAACAGCUCCUGUCCGGCGCUCACUACGUCGACCAACACCUCCUGGCGAACAUUCGCACCAACCCACUCUCCUGUCCCUCGGUCGUCUUGGGCCUCCUGGGAAUCUGGUACAACAACUUCUACGACGCUCAAACCCACGCAUUGCUCCCGUACCACCAAGACCUGUCUCGAUUCGCCGCCUACUUCCAACAAGGAGAUAUGGAAUCGAACGGCAAAAGCGUCGACCGACAAGGGAACAAAGUGAACAUACAAACCGGACCCAUCAUAUGGGGAGAACCAGGCACCAACUCUCAACACUCAUUCUUCCAACUCCUCCAUCAAGGCACCAAACUCAUACCAGCCGACUUCAUCGCCUUCGCGCGCGCAUCUCACAACCUGCCCAUGCACCAAGAUAUCCUCAUCUCUAACUACCUGGCGCAAACGGAGGCACUCGCGUUCGGAAAGCCCCUAGAGGCCGUGCGCAAAGAACUGCAACAACAAGGCCUCAACCAAGAAUCCAUCUCGGCUCUCGCCCCCCACAAAGUCUUUGAAGGCAACCAUCCAACCAACUCAAUCCUAAUCGAUUCACUCACUCCCUACUCUCUGGGCUCGCUCAUUGCCAUCUACGAGCACAAGAUCUUCGUACAAGGCAUCGUGUGGAAUAUCAACUCCUUCGACCAAUGGGGCGUGGAACUCGGCAAGCAGCUGGCAAAGGCCAUCCUGCAGGAACUCAGCACGCCUGAGACAGCACAGAAACACGACUCAAGCACCAACGGACUCAUCAAUAUCUACAAAAAGCUAAGAAAAUGAGAGCCCCUUUUCCGUUCAGAAAAUUCAAACCAAAACCAAACGUGUAACAAUAAAAAAACCCCUCCGCCUAAGAUGGCUAGUAAAA